AUGCCUAGAUUAGAAGAGAUUGAUGAUCUCAAUGAUAUCGAUGACCUCGAUAUGGACUUGGCCGAGUUAGAUCCCUCUUUGAGGACGCCGAUUGCUCCCAAGAUAACGCCCACAGUUGUAAGAAGCCAGGACAAGGAAAAUACUGCCUUUUUACCUGGUAUGAAUGACACCAGUAAUAGUAACAACAAUAGUAGCAACGAAAAAGAGCAACUGAGUUUUAUCAACCCGAAAACCGGUAAGGUUGAACGUUCAGAGGCUAUUUCCAAGAAAGAUUUAGAAGAAGUUAAACGAUUCCAAGUACUCUAUCCAUGUUACUUUGACGUGAACAGAUCACAUAAGGAAGGUAGGAGGGUUCCUAAGGAAUUGGCUGUUGAAAACCCUUUAGCUAAAACUAUGGCAGAUGCUGUCCGUGAACUAGGAAUAUUAUGCAUUUUCGAGGGUGAAAAAUGUCAUCCACAAGAUUUCGGUAAUCCUGGUAGAAUUCGUGUACUUUUCAAAGAAAAUGGACAAUUGGUUGGCGCAGCCACUAAAUUCAAGGGUGGUAAGAGGCAAUUAAUGAAAGCGGUUGGGGAGUACAUGAAAACUCAUCCAACAACCAUUGAAUCUUUAAGAGAGAUUCCAUAUGGGCCUGAUUUCGACAAUAUUGAAUUUAAAAAGAUUCCGCGUGUAAAGGGCUUCAAGAUGAACGAGAUUGUUCCACUGCAUAGUCCAUUUUUGAUGGGCCAUCCAAUGACAAAAUCUGUUUACGAAACUCCUAAGAUUACAGCGGCAGAAAAAUCGUUUAAACCACCAAAAAAUAAGUACAAAGUUGUUAGAAGAUGA